AUGUCGGCCGAUCGCGAGGUUGAGCUUACCCAGUAUGCGCUCCACAAGAUCAUGAUGCAGCCGCUGUUGAUGCAGUGCACAGCCAUCUGGCCCCACAAUGAAUCCCCUGUCGAACACAUCGUCGAGUAUGGCUCCGUCACCCCCGACGGAGGGGAGCCCACCGAGGAUGAGAAGCGUACUCUGCGUCACAUCGCCGAGAACCUGCCCCUCUCCGCCUGGCUGGUGGCCGUGGUCGAGUUGUGCGAGCGGUUCACCUACUACGGUAUGUCUGGUCUGUUCCAAAACUACGUCCUGCGCCCGCUGGACGGCAGCCAGGGCCGUGGUGCUCUGGGCAUGGGCCACCAGGGUGCGACUGGUCUGACCACUUUCUUCCAAUUCUGGUGCUAUGUGACUCCCAUCCUUGGUGCCAUUGUGGCCGAUCAGUACCUUGGCAAGUACAAGACUAUCGUUUGGUUCUGCUGUAUCUACCUGGUUGGUCUUUUGAUCCUGGUCUGCACUUCCAUUCCUACUGCUCUGGAGCACGGAGCCGGUCUGGGUGGCUUCGUCGUGGCUAUUCUGGUCAUUGGUCUGGGAACUGGUGGUAUCAAGUCCAACGUGGCUCCUUUGAUCGCCGACCAGUACAAGCGCAAGAAGAUGGCCCUCAAGACUCUUCCCAAGGGCGAGCGCGUGAUCAUUGAUCCGGCCCUGACCAUUCAGCGCAUCUACAUGAUCUUCUACGGCUGUAUCAACAUCGGUUCUCUCUCUCUGCUGGCCACUCCCUAUAUGGAGUUGUACAUCGGCUUCUGGUCUGGCUACCUGCUGUGUCUCUGCAUGUUCGCCGCCGGUACUGGUGUUCUCAUCAUCGGCCGCAAGUACUACGUCGGUUCCAUCAUCACAGAUGCCUUCAAGGCCCUCUGGAUUAUGGUCAAGAAUCGUAACAUGGACGCUGCCAAGCCCAGCUGGCAAGCCGAGCGCAGCGGCAACCAAGUCACUCUGCCCUGGGACGACCACUUCAUUGACGAGCUCAAGCGCGCCCUCAUCGCCUGCCGCGUCUUCGCCUUCUACCCUAUCUACUGGGUCGUCUACGGCCAGUUCUCUGGCAACUUCGUCACUCAGGCCGGUCAAAUGGAAGGCCACGGCAUUCCCAACGAUCUCAUGCAGAACUUUGACCCGAUCUCCAUCAUCGUCUUCAUUCCCCUGCUUGAGAGCGUGGUCUACCCCCUGAUGCGCCGUUUGAGGAUUCCCUUCCGCCCCAUUACCCGUAUUUCCCUCGGUUUCGUUGUCGCCUCGCUCGCAAUGAUGUACGCCGCUAUCGUGCAGCAUCUCAUCUACUCCGCCGGACCCUGCUACGACCACCCCGGCUGUGAUGCCCUCCUCGUCGAUGGCUCAGCCAGUGGCAACAGAGUGCACAUCGCCAUCCAGACCCCGGCUACGUUUUCAUUGAUUUUCGCCUCCGUCUCCGGUCUCGAAUACGCCUACACCAAGGCUCCCCCGUCGAUGAAGUCCUUCGUCCAGUCGAUGUACCUCCUCACCAACGCGUUCGGCUCCGCCCUCGCCGAAGCCCUCACCCCCGCCGCGUUCGACCCUGCCAUCCUCUGGAUGUUCGUCGGUCUGGCCUGUGCGUCCUUCGCAUGCGGUAUCAUCUUCUGGCUCGUCUUCCACCAUCUCAACGCCGUCGAGGAUGAUAUGAAUGCGUUGGAUGCGGAUGACGAUCUCGUCGCUGAGACCGUCGCGCCUCAUGCUACUGAGCCCGUUGAUGCUGUUGACCAUGCGCAGCAUAAGCAUUAG